AUGACUACCAAAGUACCGAGAGUGCUACUGACGGCAAGUGCUCCGCUCUGCAAGUCAGAAGCGCUCGGUUUUGACCAGAACGAUGACGGACCUCCUGGGCCAGAGUCACCCUAUAUCUACGGGUUGUACCAGCAUCUGACCAACAACCUAGAAUGGGAUGUAAAAGUCGUCAUACCUAGCACUCAGAAAUCCUGGAUCGGGAAGGCAUAUCAUAUCCACGAAGUGAUCAAUGGACGGUUCUACUAUCCACAAGGACCCGAUGGUCUAGGAGAGAUCUCAGAGCAAUCGAGGCCAUUGCGUGAGGGGGAGACCGCUGAGUGGAUCCUACUGGAUGGGACACCUGCGACGUGCUCGAAUAUAGCACUCCAUAAUCUCUACCACGGAGAAAUAGAUCUCGUUAUAUCUGGACCCAAUUUUGGCCGCAACAGCUCCGCCGCAUUCGCCCUCUCCUCCGGCACCAUCGGCGCGGCCAUGUCCGCCAGUCUCUCCCGCACUCGUGCCAUCGCCCUCUCCUACGGCACCGUCCUCCACCCGACGCCACACGAGCUGCACGAGCCCGCACACGUCCUUGCGACCAAGAUCAUCGCCCACCUCUGGGCGCACUGGGGCGCAGACGCGGGCGGCGGUCUGCGCGGCGGCGAGAUCGACCUCUACAACGUGAACAUACCCAUGGUGCGGGACCUCCUGCACGAGGACGGCCUUCGCAUCUGCUGGACGACCAUCUGGCGGAACGCCUACGGCCGUCUGUUCAAGGCGCAUGGGGAGGAGCGCGCCGCGAAGGCGGCGGCGGAGGCGAUGUCAGGUGCGGGCCCGGACUCGCCGGGGGAGGGGCGGAAGGCGAGGGCGUUGGGCGGCGUAGACGAGGCGGCGAGGCCGGAGGACGCGGGGCGGCUGUCGUUCAGGUGGGCGCCGGACAUGACGGGCCUGAUUACCCCGCAGUUGUCUACGCUGCCAGUGGGCAGCGACGGAUGGGCGAUCAGGCAGGGGUGGGCGAGCGUGACGCCUAUACGGGCGAGCUUUGCGGAGCCGGCCUCGGAGCCAGUGACGGAUAUCGAAGAGAGGAUAUGGAAGAUGAAGUUGUGA